GUUGUCCGCCCGCGGCACGCACAGCAGCCGCAGCCGCCUCGCGCCUGGUCCCGCGGUCGCAGCUCAAGCCGCAGCCUCCGCGCCGCCGCCGUCGCCGUCGCCUUAGCUGCUCGCUUCGUGGGUCGGUCUCUCCGGCACACGGGCCCCAGCCGCGCCGUAGCUGCCCUCCGAGCCCUUCAGGCCGCCCCGGUCUCCUCACCCGGCCCGAUCCAGCCCUCGAAGAUGGUGGACCGCGAGCAACUGGUGCAGAAAGCCCGGCUGGCCGAGCAGGCGGAGCGCUACGACGACAUGGCCGCGGCCAUGAAGAACGUGACAGAGCUGAACGAGCCACUGUCCAACGAAGAAAGAAACCUCCUGUCCGUGGCCUACAAGAACGUAGUCGGGGCCCGCCGCUCUUCCUGGAGGGUCAUUAGUAGCAUUGAGCAGAAGACCUCUGCAGAUGGCAAUGAGAAGAAGAUAGAGAUGGUCCGUGCUUACCGCGAAAAGAUCGAGAAGGAGUUGGAAGCGGUGUGUCAGGAUGUGCUGAGCCUGCUGGAUAACUACCUGAUCAAGAAUUGCAGUGAGACCCAGUACGAGAGCAAAGUGUUCUACCUGAAGAUGAAAGGGGACUAUUACCGCUACCUGGCUGAAGUGGCCACUGGAGAGAAGAGGGCGACUGUCGUGGAGUCCUCCGAGAAGGCCUACAGCGAGGCCCACGAGAUCAGCAAGGAGCACAUGCAGCCUACUCACCCCAUCCGAUUAGGCCUGGCUCUUAACUACUCCGUUUUCUACUACGAGAUCCAGAAUGCGCCGGAGCAGGCGUGCCACUUGGCCAAGACCGCUUUCGACGACGCCAUCGCCGAGCUCGACACUCUGAACGAGGACUCCUACAAGGACUCCACUCUCAUCAUGCAGCUGCUCCGCGACAACCUAACGCUCUGGACGAGCGACCAGCAAGACGACGACGGCGGAGAAGGCAACAACUAAGGCCCCCAGGUGGACUGGCAGCGCACGCUGAUGCUCCUACCGCAGUCUUUAUUUUUUUCCCAUGAGUGGGGGGUCGGGUGGGGGAGGGGAAGGGAGGGACGACCUUCCCAGGGAGAAGCCCACGACCUGUCCUGUCUUUGAUCGCCUCUUUGACGUUUUUGCCAAAACACCACUAGUGGAAAGUCAGGUUAGCUGUGCUGGUAUUGGAAUAGCAGCCUCACACUGGCAUACGGACUGUUCUGUAGAUGAAUGCAGGUGGAGCUGUCUGUCUUGAGUCUAACUUAUUGCCAGAGUAGGGUUUGGAGUCCAAAAGAAAACUGAAAAAUGGAAUGGCCCUCAUUCAGGAAGUUCUGUGGUUCCAGUAAGGAUUUGUAUGUACAUACGCUCUUAAUCUUAAGUUCUGGGUACUUCCUAGCUCAUCUGUUUUUAGCCGUGCAUUUUCGUUUUGUUCUGUUGUGUUUUUUUUCAGGGUGCACUCGACCAGCCAGGGAAUAGUUUAAAUCCCAAACUGACAGACUUGGGACAGAAGGUAUAUUUAUCCUUGUGGUUUUAGGCCUUGCCAGUUUUCUGAAGUCUCCGAUUAGUUGACAGUAUUAACACUAAAUUGCAGUUUACAGUAUUUCUACAUGACAGCCAUAUGUAACAUCAAGCCAUCGAGUGUGCAUUUUUCUUUGCUGGUUCUUUUGGCUUUCCAUCCUUAGUCAGCCUUUACCCGGGUUGGUGUUGCUGUUCCCUGUCUCCUAGGCCAAAAAGGCUUGCCUGAGGAGAAUCCGAGCUACUUUAGGUUUUGGUUAAUAGGUGCUUGGCAGGUGGCUGUGGGAUUUUUGUCUUUCUUUCCUCUUAACUUCAAUCCGCCACAAACAUGGAUUACUCGCUUUAAUAGAAACGUUACACACCACAAAAAUAGAGAAAAUUCAGGUCUGUAUGUCAUUUAUUGUGUUGAUAUUUUCAGAGAACUCCUGAUUUUUAAGCUGCCACAGCUCCUUCCUCAGGGAUCAUGCUGCCAUUUCACUCUUCACUUGAGUGCUCCCCACUGUACCUUCUGCUGGCGGCGCCCAGGGGGUGGAGACGCUGUGGGGCUGCAAAGGCUGGGCCGUCCUCCUGAGAAAGUCUGCGGUGCAGUGUGUGAAAAUUCAGGUGCUAGAAGCUUACUGGUAGAAAAAUCCAGAAGGAAGAGCUCUUCUAGUCAUACACAUUCUGUCCAAUGGCGGGAGCCUCCGUAAGCAUGUCAGUCUUUUCCUCCCCGAAAACACUCCUUCCCCGAGUAAUUGUUGUAGGAAGAUGAACUAAAAUCAUCCUCGGAUAAUAAAUAACUCCUAUUUGACCAAAACUUUUUCUAUAUAUCUAUAUUUUUUUUCUCUUUAACGAAAGCAUCGAAGCUGGAGAGUCCUUUUCUCUCGCGCAUGGUCGACGCAUGAUUUGGAAUUGAAGGGAAACGACCUUGCUGUUUUCCACAAAUUUGUUCUCAGUUAGCCUUCGGUCCUUCAUUUCUCGUUUUGGAAAAAAUCUGUCUGAAAACGCGAACCGUUGAGUAUGUGUUCAGUCUUUUUUAGAAGAUCAGUAACAGUGUGAACUCCCGAGACAGGUAAUGACGCCAGACUUGUUUUGUCUGUUUCUUUGUUUUAUUUAGUCAGGGAGAGGUAUGAGUAAUAAUUGAGGAAACACUGACCGUUGCUUUUGCUGUUACCAAAAUUGAACUUACCGUUAGGAAAUGGAUACGUGUGACAGGAUCCAGGUGACCGUGAAGACCAGAAGUACAACGAGUUGAUGCUCUGUGGCAUCGCACAGUUUAUACAGCGUGACUUUCCUUAGAAGGUUCCCUCCAUACGCUAGAGCAGAAGUCCCAAUUAACUGAACCCUAGCAGUAAACUCCUAGAAGAGAGCUGUACAGCUUUUGUGCCAUCACUGGGGCCUAAAGUCAAUGCCAUGGAUGGGAAAAGAUUGGGGGUGGGGGGAGGGGGUAGGUGGGGCUUUUCCUUAACUUAUCUUCAUGUCCAGUGAGCAGUGUUGUGUCCUUUCUUGUAGCAUUUGGAAAUGAUUUACUGGAAUUACAAAACCUAUUUUUUCUUUCAAAUUUCAGCUUUGGCUCUGGCUGCUUUUUAGAAUAAUGCAAGAUAAAAUUAUACCCGAGGGCUAAAAAUGAAGAGGGGAUGGGAGACUUGAUAUUUAAGCAGCUUGAAUGGUUUCUUUUCUUUUCUUUAUUUUUAAAGAAAUGCACUUGCCUCUGAUACUGUCUCUCCAGUGAAAUGAUUACUCCUCCAUUACUCUAUUGAUACAAUAUUGUGCAUGCUAGUGUUGUAUUUCUAUACAGUAGCUUGAAAUUUAUUAACUUAUACUGUAGGUGUUAUGUAUUCCUAUGACAAAAAAAAUUAAGUCUUCAAAUUUUUUAAAGUUUUUUUAAUUUAAUUUUUCCUUUUGGGGGUACAGUUUGCUCUACCAAAUAGUGAUCGUAACAAAUUGAUCUGUUUUGGAUGUUGCUAUAGUGACAUGCAGUUAUAUAUUUUGUUUUUAAGGGGGGGGGGAAGCAAAAGAAACACCAGUGUUAGCUUAAUCUUAAUGUCUGGUGUUUGUCAUGGUGAAAUUAUAACUAUUACAGUGUAGGAGAACAAUGAAGAUGUUCUCUGAAUGAGCCUCUGUGCUUUUUUGUCAUGUUAUGCAGUGAACUAUUUUUAAGGUCUAAUCAGUGAUUAUUUUUCCAACUCCGUGUUUCUCUAAGGAAUUCUUUCACACACGGACCAUUCUUAGCAGUUUUCCUCAGUGAUGGAAUAUCAUGAAUGUGAGUCAUUAUGUAGCUGUCGUACAUUGAGCAAAUAAACUUACAGAUCUGA